GGUGUGAGACUCUUCCUCUGCACUGACACCAUUAGACCUGUAGGGGUCAGUAUGACAACGCUUCAAAUACGAAAACAUCUACAAUACCUUGAUUUCAGGGGGAAAAAAUAAACACUUUGUAAUACCACCCCAACUUUGUAGCACUAACUACAAGCGGGAAGUUAUAGAGUUAGUAAGGCACACUUUCCUAAUGACAGUCUAAGACAGCUAGCAUUUGAGAACUGAUGUCACACCUUGAUGUCAGAUACAUUUACUUAUGGUGGAUUUCAGCAGGGAUGAAAAAUUAUCAAUGCUUCAUCUUCUCUACUCUCUUGCAGCUGACUUUGGGUGCACACAUAUCUAUAUUGGAGGGAUGGACUGUAUUGUUUCCUCUCCCUAAACUUCCACUUGGGACUUCCAUUGAUUCAAUAGAAUGGAAAUACCACACAAUCAACAAAACAAUCUUACUGGCCAAGAUAAAUCUAAAGAAGGAACAGGAAUCAAGAUUUUUCAGCAGGAGGACUGGAAUGCAAAUAAUGGAGAAUGGUACACUUCACAUUGAAGAUGUAAAUGAUGAAGACUCUGGGAACUACUCUUGCACCAUAAUUUUCCAUGAUCGAAGGAUGCAGAUAGAGCAGAUUUAUCUUGAAGUACUUCAUGCUAAAGACUUGACGACACAACCGAACAGCAAAAUGUACAACACAACAUUUAAACCAUCAGAGCCCAGUGUUACUGAAACAGCACUGAUCGCAAUAUCAGUGUGCUCAGCACUCGCAAUUCUCGCAAUUGUAGCCACUAUUUUCAUCUUCAAAUGUACAAGAAAUUGUUGCUGCACAUCAGACGAACCCAUCUACGCCAAUAAGAUGGUCAUAAUUCAAGGAAAUAAAAGGUCACAGGUGGGCAGAAGGACUCCAGAUAAUAAAACCAGAUAAAGACUCUCCAAUUAGCAAAGAGGUAAAAACCCAGGAUGCUCCUGCAGCAAAUAAACUACUUCGUUUUUUCUCAGAAACAAAUGUAUAGGGUGCUAAAGUGACGAUGAUAUGGUUUUGUAGGCCUAAAUAAAAUAAGUAUAAGUUAAAACCUAAACAUAGUCUAUAAAUGAACUAUACCAUGGUCACAUGACUUCAACGUCACCACCAUUGAUCAUAUCGUAAAUAUAAAAUAAAUAUAAAAACCUUUAACAGAUUACUAUUAAGCUUCUGACAACUCUUACAGGUUUUUUUUAUUUGAAAAAACUAAAAAUAAAAAUCUGUGAAAUUUUGAGCUGGAAUGCUUCUGACAAGAGUGUGAUUAUAAACACAAUGAGGCUGUAAAGUGGACUAGAUAGUAGAUGAGGUUUCCUGUUCUCCCUGAACAACCUCUGUAGUCCCAUUUAGCCACUGGUUAGUAAUAGUCUUUUUCAAGACAUUUAAAAUCUUGAAAAAUCAUGUGUGGGGUAUUACUGAUAUAUUUUAUGUUAUCGAAUAAAACAUGUCUUGGUCUUGUGUUAACCACAGACCUUAAUUCAGGCGUCUAACCAAAAACCUUUAUAACGAUGGGUUUUGGUCUACAAAAGUACAUCAUCCCUCCUGCGCUCUAUUAAUAUAUGCGCUCUGUAUAUAAUUCUAUUCUUUAAUGAGAACACUUUUUUUCUGGAAUGUUAGUUUAUGAUUUAGUGAUUAUAUUUCUAUUGUUUUGUUGUUUUUAUUUAAGUGUGGAUAUUGUACAUUGGCCUAGUUCACCUCUGAAAUCUUUGAUUUCCACUGAGAGUGAAGUUGCAAGUUAUCUUUGAAAACCUGAAGUUACGAUUUCCUCUCACUGUUACAAGAGCAAACAUAGGGGUCUGAAAAGUCUCUAAUCUAGCAACAGUGUCACCCAGCUUGCAACAGCAGUUCUGUGAUGAUCUAUUGUUGCUGUAGCAACAGUGGUUUACUGACCUCUUUCUAACAAGUGAAGAUGUUGUAGGUGUGCUUUACUAAAUGUGUGCAGUUUAAGUUGCUGCUUUAACAAACAAACUAAAUAAUGAAUAAACUAACAACGUGAGCAGUAAAUCUAAAUUUGUUUUCUUUUAAGGUGAAUGUGAUAGAUGAGCCCAACAAGUUUGUGACAUCUGUGGUGUGUUGUGGUCAAGGCUGUCACUAUGCAGGAAAAUCUGCCACAUGUUUUUUAGUAUCACUUACAGUAAACACUGAUCUGUGGAGCCAUCUAUUGUGUUGUCUGUGGUUAUGGUCUCAUGCAGGGGCGCCUGCAGGGUUUCAUCUGAGGGUACACACAGAGUUACAGAAUUUUUAUUUUUAUUCUAUUUAUUUUUUGAAUGCAUGCCCUGAAAAUGGCAAAAAGCAACAGAAUGGUCAAAGACAUCCUAGUGCAUGUUCACAUAGGAAAACAACUGAAAAAAAAAAAAAAAAAAAAACAGGGCGGGUGGACACAAAAAACGAUUCUGUGUGAAUGGCGACUUAUUAAUAUCAGCAUAGCAGUAGCUGAAUUAAAAAAAAAAAAAAAUAAACCUUUCACAAUGUAGUCUUUUGUUUCAGAUGUUUGUAGUUAUUAUGCACUUCAUCCAUUACACCAUCACAGUUUGGUCUCUGUGGUCUUAGGCAAGUUCCAGAUCGUGUCAUGAAAUAUUUCUGUUACAAAAUCAAGAAUA